CAGGCUGAUGUUCGGAGACUGAACUUCCGUGUGAAGGUUAGCAGGUGAUUGAUGGAUGGAGCUCAGGUAGCGGGUAAAUGGCAGGAUUCCGUGACGUUGCUCUCCGUGGGUUCUCCGCUGAGGUGGGAUUGAGAGCGGAGCUCAGUGCGCAUGCUCAGAAGGGAGAGGUAUGGUUGAAAACUCGCAGUCCAUCGCGUUGAGCAGAAGAGGAGCAGCACAACUAAAUGUGACUUAUCUGAGCAUCAUCAUCACCACAUCUGCGCCUCCGGGAGACAAAGACGAGACGAACUCUAAAGGAGCAAACAACGCGAUCAGCAGAGCCUCCCGGAGUGAUAUGAUAUUAUUAUUAUUAUAUCUCGCGACGUGACGACUGUUUGCCUGCCUCUAAUGUUUCCAACCCACUGAGACCAGAGGGAAUUAUUCCUUCUUUUGUUCUUUGAUUUUUUUUUUAUUGACUAUUAAUAAAAGCAAGCAGCCAAAACGAUUAAAUACGGGUCAUUAUGGUUUUGUUAACACUGAAUAAUAGAAGAGGCUUGAAUUGCUUGUGCGCGCAGUUCUUGCUGUGGAUUUUAUGUGCUGUGGACGGUGAGGAGCAGCAAUUCAGUGUGGAGGCUUGGCUGCAGAGGUAUGGCUACCUCCCUCCCACAGACCCCAGAAUGUCCGUCCUGCGGUCAGAUCAGACCAUGCAGUCUGCUAUCGCUGCCAUGCAGCGUCUCUACGGCCUUAAUGUCACCGGUGAACUGGAUAAGAACACCAUUAAUGAUAUCACUAUAAGCUGGAUGAGGAAGCCAAGGUGUGGGGUGCCAGACCAGUUCGGCGGUGGCUCGAAAUUUAGCGUCCGAAAAAGACGUUACGCCCUCACAGGGCAGAAGUGGCAACAUAAACAUAUCACAUACAGCAUAAAAAACGUCACACCUAAGGUGGGAGCGGAGGAGACCCACAACGCCAUUCGCCGGGCGUUCGACGUGUGGCAGAACGUCACACCGCUGCGUUUCGAGGCAGUUCCCUACAGUGACCUGGAGCGCAACAAGAAAGAUGUGGAUAUUACUAUCAUUUUCGCCUCAGGUUUCCAUGGCGACAGCUCCCCUUUUGAUGGAGAAGGGGGUUUCCUUGCACAUGCCUACUUUCCUGGUCCAGGGAUCGGGGGAGAUACACACUUUGAUUCGGAUGAGCCCUGGACACUAGGGAAUCCUAACCAUGACGGGAACGACCUCUUCCUGGUGGCAGUACAUGAGCUGGGACAUGCGUUAGGCCUGGAGCACUCCAACGACCCCACUGCCAUCAUGGCCCCCUUCUACCAGUACAUGGACACAGAGAACUUCAGACUGCCACACGACGAUCUGCAGGGCAUCCAGAAGAUUUACGGACCUCCAGAUAAACUUCCUCAGCCAACGAGACCUCUACCCACGAUCCCACCCGUCCGCUCGCACCCUCCCGUAGAUCCACGCAAAAACGACAGGCAGACGCGGCCUCCCCGAAUACCGACCGGCGACAAACCAGCGCACCCGAACGCUAAGCCAGACAUCUGUGACGGUGGCUUCAACACGCUUGCCAUCCUCAGGAGGGAGAUGUUCGUGUUUAAGGACCACUGGUUUUGGAGGGUCAGGGAUAAUGCCGUGAUGUCCGGUUACCCCAUGCUCAUCAAUGUCUUCUGGAGGGGUCUGCCACCCAAGAUUGACGCCGUCUAUGAGAACAGCAAGGGCAAAUUUGUGUUUUUCAAAGGGAAGCAGUUCUGGGUGUUCAAGGACACAAUGCUACAGCCUGGCUACCCCCAGGACAUCUCAAUGUUUGGAAACGGCAUGCCAGCUCAGAGUAUAGAGACAGCCGUCUGGUGGGAGGACGUAGCCAAGACCUACUUCUUCAAAGGAGAUAGGUAUUGGAGAUAUAACGAAGACAUGAGAACGAUGGAUCCUGGUUAUCCCAAGUCCAUCACAGUAUGGAAGGGUGUUCCAGAUUCUCCACAGGGAGCAUUUGUGGACAAAGCUAACGGUUUCACGUACUUCUACAAGGGUAAAGAAUACUGGAAGUUCAACAACCACAGGCUGCGGGUGGAGCCGGGCUACCCUCGCUCUAUCCUGAAAGACUUCAUGGGAUGCGACCUCACGCCCAUCGACCCCGACCUGCAGCCGACGGACGACGAGGACGUCGUGAUUAAACUGGACAGUGAAGCCAGCACGGUCAAAGCCAUCGCCAUCGUCAUUCCCUGCGUCCUGGCGCUCUGCCUGGUGGUGUUGAUCUACACCGUCUUUCAGUUCAAGAGGAAGGGGACGCCCCGCCACAUACUGUACUGUAAACGCUCCAUGCAGGAGUGGGUGUGAGUCUGACAGCCACAAGACACAGUGGCGUAACACCCCAAACUUGCAGACUUUGGCUCUCGACCUGUGUCUCGCUCGAGGAGAGCAGCGAGGGCCUUUGCUUUGACUCCCCUCUCCAGGAGAUGAGGGGCGCAUUUCUCCUAAAACCCCCUUCUGUUCUCUCAUUGGCCCCGGUGCACUCGCUGUAGGACUGCAAGGAUCCCACGGUGCAUUGCGACGUCCAGCGUGCCACUGUUCCACAUGGAAAUCGCUGAUUGCUAUACGUUUAGGUUUUACAAGUGCACGUUGAAAACACGGAAGAAAAAAAAAAAGAUGAAAACGCUGUCGCGGGAGCCGAGCCGAUUUAAUUUUCAGAGAUAUUUACGAUUCCCUUUAAAACACUCCCAAACCAAAUAAAUCUCUCCAAAGAGGAUCUUUUUUUUUUCUUUUCUAUACAUCUUUUCACUUCUUUCUCUUUAUUUUGCAGUGACAUGUAGUGGGGGAACUUUUGACUGUUGUGGCAGUCUGUCUCAAAACAGGGGCCAAAAUAUUCUGCAAUAUUUUUAACAGCCUUAAUUAUGGAUUGUGUUGUUUGCUUUUGUUUUAGUUUAUUCGUUUGUUUUUCGAGCACCGCUUUUGUCCGUCUGUCGGAAUUGAAAGGCAGUGCAGUGUUGCUUUGCUCCCUUCGAGAUCAGAGAUGGUGGUUCAUUUUUCUGCAGGGUCGCCCGCAGCCGGGACGGGACUCCUCAACCUCUGCCUAACAUGAAGCAUAUCAGUCAAAACAGAGGGAAGACCAAGCCACUGCAACGACCAAUAUUUUAAUUCAGCUAUUUUUUUUUCUGUCCGACGGUGGAAUUGCAACUGCAAAGGAAGUGCUUGAACCGUUAUCGUGCUUAACGCUCACUCGUUCGGUCGUGUUUUGCACGGACAGAGAUUUGAGAAUUCGUAUCUUCCCAUUUUUUUUGUUCCGAAAGGUUGCUGUUCAAGCAUGUAAUUUCCUUUCGGACUGCCUUGUUUUUAGGUCUGGAUGGGAUCCUAGAACCUUGAAGUAUGAACCAGAACCACCAGAGCAACUCAGGACAGCGCUUGAUUCAAAAGUGUAUGCAAGCAUUCACAUCCAGUCCUGUGUCUUUAUUAUCAACCGAGAAGAAAAUCAAGGAUAUAUUAUAUCAUGUAACGUUUCACCAUCUCUUGUGAUCGGGGCUUGUGAGGGGCUCACGUUUUGCAGUCUGACUCUAGAUCGGUCCUUCGCAUCGAACGGAUGUUUGAACAUACGGUUAUUUGCUUGCGUUAACAUUUUAUACGUUUGUUUGUUUGUUUGGUACAUUUGAACAAACCGAAUGGUCUCAACCUCAACUUUAAAGUGGUACUUAAAGUGCUAAGCUGUCAUCCGGAACGUUUCCUUUAGAUGCGAGAGAAAACGUACGCGAUCUUAAGGAAACUAUGUGCGUGUAUCUGGCAAGCAGUGUUUGAAUGUGUGUCUGUAUCAAUGCUAGAUUUUCUUUUUUUUUUUCCUUUUUCAUUGUUUUAAUAAGAAAAGAACAAAGGAAAAACAUGGGACAUUCUUUAAGUUCAUGUACUUCAUGACUCGGUUUGGGACAAACCGUCCUGACAGACUUAAUAAAUUAAUCAGUAUAUGAUUAAAAUGCCUUUUAGCGAUUUGUUCUCAUUUACUUUACAUAUAUUUUAAGUCUGGGAAUAUAUAAACAUCCACUCUCUACACUUCCAACAAUAUCAUGGGAAAACCAUAGGAUUUUAGUAUGGUAAUAUUUCAAUAUCAAAGCACUAUGGUGUUGCCAUGGUACUGUCACAGUACUUUUCUUCCUUUCUUUCACUUACAAAAAUGUACAAUGGUUUUUUUGAUCAUAAGUACCAUGAAAUGGGAUUAUACCAUGGUAUUUUGCACAUUGUGCCAUGAUGUUUGAUCACAGUGCCAUGACACUACCAUGGUAUUUUGCUAUGGUAUCAUGGUCCCAUCUACUAUUACUAUGGUAUCUACGUACUUUGGACAUAGUACCAUGGUAGUACUAUGGUAUUUUGAACAUUUUACCAUUGUACUACUAUGGAAUUUUAGACAUUGGACAUUAGACAUAAGAUGGUAUUUUGGACAUGGCACUACUAUAUUUUAAAAAUUUGACCAUGGUACUACCUUGUUUUUUUGUGCAUGGUACCAUGCAUGACCUCCUGGACAUUUGACAUGGUACUACCAUGGUAUUUUAGACAUUUUAUCGUGGUAGUAUCAUGAUAUUCUGAACAUGUACCAUGGUAUUUUAGUACUAUGUACCAUGAUAUUCUUGAAAAUACCAUGCAAAUACAAUGAUCCAUAAAAUCCAGUACCAUGGUAUACCACUACAGCACUUUUUUGUAAGGGUUCUAUCUUCUCUCUGUCUUACUGCGUGUGUGUGAUAUGCAUGAUCGCAUCUGAACAUUUCCCAGAAUCCCAGCCGAUCAAACAAAAGUCUGCCUUGAACAACUUAAGAGGAAAAGGCAAUCGUUAAAUAAUACAAAAAUCGAGUAUCGUGGUGGUGGUGUGUAUCCUGUGGUAAUAUUAAGCAAGUAUGAUAAGAAUCGGAGCAUAAAAUAUGAGACGGCGGUGAGCAGAGGCAUUUAGAACUCGCCAAGUGCAAAAGUAAACAGAGACAGACACGGCCCAUGUGCACGGCGGAUGAGUUCAGCUCGGGCAUCAACUGCCAUCUAUGUUCCAAAUCAAAUCUAGCUCAGCAAGAUCACUGUGGACAUGGUUACAGCGAGUAUAAUGGCUAAGAUGAGAGAUUAAAGCAGUCAAUGACCUGAAUUACUGUCUGUGGAAAACUUUGACUGCUUUUAAACGGUUUAAUCACUCUGAACUGACCACCAAUGUUGAUGUGCAAAACUACAUAUUUUCAAAAUCAAGUCAUCUUGUCGACUAGUUAGUUAGGAUUAGGGUUUAUGUCCACUAGACAUCAAUCAGAUGUGUCUUAAUGCGAGGCGUUCACAUUCAAAAAUGGCUAGAUGGAGCGCAACAGGAACAAUGCAGGGAUCUCAAAAUUAAUUUUUCAAAGUUUUGAAGUGACAUGCGACAUUAAAAUCCAAUGACUGAAAAA